CCAGCCGGGGGUUACAGGCGGAGGGUCACUUCCAACCUCGAGACUCGGACGUAGACGGCGCCCGAUCCUUGCGAAAGCCAAUUCAAAGUUUUAUUUUCUCAACUUCACAUACGGCACUGUAUUUGGAACAAAAGCUUCCGUGAAGCCACAAGCUACAACGGAGCCAAUUACCUUCCAAGCUCGAAUAUCCCACGAUUCUGAGGUCCACCACUUCCGUACAGACUUACUAGGUCCAAGCUCAGACGAACCUAGUGACACACCAAACUUCACUCUGCCUAUCGGAAAGCUGGUCCUUCGACGGCCGUGAAGUUUCAUAAAAAUAAACACCAAUCAUUCACAACUGGCAAUCCUCAAAUAACUUCCCCGCAAAGUUAAUUCGAAGUUUCCAGCUUGAGAGAAAUCCUAGAAGCUAAUGUUACGGAACCUUUUCACAGCAUCUUGGUGAAAUCUUUUGUCCUUAUUGCGCUUGGUGUUAUUGGUUUUACGGUCGCAGGUAUUCAAACUUGCUUCCUAUAGGCCGAUCCGAUCCUGUUAAAUCAAUACUGCUGCACAUAGCUUGGUUAUAGGUCAAAGUGCCAAAAAAAGGCAUUCCAGACAUCCACGAUAGGGCAAUGGGUUCUCCACGUACUGCGGUCCCUAAACCGGGACCAGCAAAACUCACUCCCGGAGCGGGUUUAGACGAAUGGCUCGAGCAAGCUAAGCAAUGCCGCUAUCUACCGGAGCCAGUCAUGAAAGAGCUUUGCGAAAUGGUGAAGGAAGUUUUGAUGGAAGAAUCCAACAUUCAACCCGUAAUCACACCAGUGACUAUCUGCGGUGAUAUCCACGGUCAGUUCUAUGACCUGCUCGAGCUAUUUCGCGUCAGUGGUGGCAUGCCAGGCCAACCUGCGACGGAACCUCCUGCGACUUCCACAGCCGUUAUCACAUCAGCCGAUAUCGAGCCUCCGACAGAGAUAACAAAUCCGAAGCUAAAGAAGAAGAUAAAGAAGCCCAAAACACCAACUGGAGAUGUUCCGGGACUUCCCAGCGAUGAAUCUACCAAUGUGGAAGAAGAUGAGGAAGAGGGCAACGAGCCUGGGCAGCGCAAUUCCUCAGAUGCUGCGCCGACUGUGUCAAAUGCUGAUGCCCGUUUUGUGUUUUUGGGUGAUUUUGUGGAUCGAGGUUAUUUCAGUCUCGAAACAUUUACACUACUUAUGUGUUUAAAGGCCAAGUAUCCGGAUCGUAUUGUUCUCGUCCGUGGAAACCACGAGUCUCGUCAAAUUACACAGGUAUAUGGGUUCUACGAAGAGUGCCAACAAAAAUACGGAAACGCUUCUGUUUGGAAGUCGUGUUGUCAGGUCUUCGAUUUCCUGGUCCUAGCAGCCAUAGUGGAUGGUGAAAUUCUCUGUGUCCACGGAGGUUUAAGUCCUGAAAUCCGCACUAUUGACCAGAUCCGCGUCGUAGCCCGAGCACAAGAGAUUCCUCACGAGGGUGCGUUCUGUGACCUUGUUUGGAGUGAUCCUGAAGAAGUCGAGACCUGGGCCAUCAGUCCGCGUGGUGCAGGGUGGCUUUUCGGUGAUAAGGUUGCAACGGAAUUUAACCAUGUUAAUGGGUUAAAAUUGAUUGCCCGUGCUCACCAGCUUGUUAACGAGGGCUACAAGUAUCACUUUCCUCAAAACUCGGUUGUCACGGUCUGGUCAGCUCCAAACUACUGCUACCGCUGCGGAAACGUUGCUUCCAUCAUGUCGGUUGACAAGAACUUGGACCCAAAGUUUAGCAUAUUCUCAGCUGUGCCUGAUGAUAUGAGACAUGUACCAGCAGGACGGCGCGGGCCCUCUGAUUACUUCUUAUGAUGCAUUAUGCAUGAGUUACAAAGACCCGCCACGGAAUUUUGAAGUUCUUGAUACCACCACAAAGGCGUUAAUAGGGGAAGGCUUUUAUUUAUUUACUCAGUUUCCAGUCUAUUCUCACAGCAUGAAGGAAUGAUGAGCGGAGACCAAAGGGUAUAGACACACAAGGCCCGGGCAUAUAUGAUGGCAGGAAAGGAUGGGGGGGGAAAGGAUAGGGGUCUACCAUGGAAAUGUAGCACCGUAUUUCACGGUAGCGUUUUGAUCUGUAUAGUAGAACUCUGAAAGUGCUCUCUCUAGUACGUACCUAGGUAGUGGUCCAAGAGAGAGUCAAGAAUGACCUGUGCACUUUGAGUUUCAACACUAUGAAUUCCGCUUUAUGGAGCUAUGUCUUAAGCUAUGUCUUAAUAUGAACACUGCAAC